UGCUAUCAGCUUAGGACGAGUGGUGCGAAUUUCACGAAUGAGGCUGCCUUUAUGUCCCCUCACUACUUGGACAUGAUGUGGAGAAGGAUUGAGUUUCUUGGUUAUGUUCUUGAGUUGGGAUACAGCUUCGUAUUCACGGAUCUUAUGACGAAGAAGAUUAUUGGUAAAGGACAUGAAUCUGGUGGCUUGUAUGUUCUUGACCCACUUUCGCCAACCUCUAUUGCUUGUUCGAGUGUUGCUUCCGCUUUUGAGGCUCAUUGUCGUUUAGGUCAUCCAUCCCUUCCUUUGCUCAAGAAACUUUGUCCCCAAUAUAGUAGUUUAUCAUCAUUAGAUUGUGAGCAUGUCAAUUUUCCAAACAUCAUCGUGUUAGUUUGAGUCCUCGCGUCAAUAAACGUGCUAGUAUUCCUUUUGAGUUAGUUCAUUCUGAUGUUUGGGUUCCUUCUCCUAUUUUGUCUCAACCUGGAUUCAGGUAUUUUGUUACUUUUGUGGAUGAUUAUUCUCGUGUAACUUGGUUAUAUUUGAUGAAAAAUCGUUCUGAGUUGUUUUCUAUAUUCUGUGCUUUUUGUGCUGAGAUUCAAACUCAAUUUAAUGUAUCUAUUCGUACUUUGAGAAGUGAUAAUGCGUAACAGUACACGUCUGCUCAAUUUCAAUAUUAUAUGACCUCUAAUGGCAUGCUUCAUGAAACUUCUUGUGUUGAUACGACACCUCAAAAUGGUGUUGCAGAACGUAAAAACAGACAUCUUCUUGAAAAUGCGCGUGCUCUCUUGUUUCAAAUGAAAGUUCCUAAACCUUUUUGGACCGAUGCAAUUUCCACGACAUGCUUUCUUAUUAAUCGCAUGCCAUCCUCUGUUCUUAAUGGUGAAAUUCCAUUUAACAUUCUUUUUCCUAAUAAGUCAUUGUUUCCAGUUGCUCCGCGAGUAUUUGGCAGUGUUUGUUUUGCUCGCGAUGUCCGCCCAUCUGUCACCAAAUUAGACCCUAAGGCACUAAAGUGUGUCUUUCUUGGUUAUUCUCGUCUUCAGAAAGGGUAUAGGUGUUAUUGUCCUGAUCUCAACAAAUAUCUAGUUUCUAUUGAUGUUACCUUUGUAGAAAAUACACCUUAUUUUUCAUCUUCCCCUACUUCUACUAGUCAGGGGGAGGAUGAUGAUUUGUUGGUUUAUUCUGUCACAUCCUAUGCGCCUGAUACAUGUUCUGGCGGGUCUCUUGUUCCUUCACCUGCCUCGGUCGUCACCCCCACAAUGUCUACACCUCCACCACCUCCACCACCUUUACCACCUCCUGUUUCAUGUCCUGCACCUGCAUCUUCGUCAUCAGAUCCGGAAAUCCCAGAUGAUCUUCCCAUUGCACUACGUAAAGGUAAACGCCAAUGUACUUUUCCCAUUUCUUCUUUUGUGUCUUAUAAUCAUCUCUCCUCUUCUUCUUGCUCUUUUAUUGCGUCUCUUGAUUCUAUCACUAUUCCUAAAACUGUUCGAGAAGCGAUGUCUCAUCCUGGUUGGCUUGCUGCAAUGAUUGAAAAGAUGAAUGCUUUGGUUGCGAAUGGUACUUGGGUCUUGGUUGAUUUACCUUAAGGAAAAUAGGCCAUCAGGUGCAAAUGGGUGUUCACGGUUAAAUUCAAUCUAGACGGCACAGUUGCUCGCUUAAAGGCCCGUCUUGUUGCCAAGGGUUAUGCUCAAACCUAUGGAGUGGACUAUUGUGGUACUUUUUCUCCUGUUGCUAAACUCACAUCUGUUCGACUGUUCAUUUCCAUGGCAGCUACUCAUCAUUGGCCUUUGCAUCAGCUUGAUAUUAAAAAUACUUUUCUUCAUGGAGAUCUUGAAGAAGAAGUAUAUAUGGAGCAACCUCCUGGGUUUGUUGCUCAGGGCGAGUUAGGGCGAGUUUGUCAUCUUCGCAAAUCUUUAUAUGGAUUGAAACAAAGCCCUCGUGCUUGGUUUGGUAAAUUUAGUCAGGGUGUUGAGAAGUUUGGUUUGCUGAAAAGUAAGUCAGAUCAUUCUGUGUUUUAUAAAAGAUCAACUGCUGGUAUCAUUUUGUUAGUGGUGUAUGUUGAUGACAUCGUUAUUACUGGAAAUGAUACUGAAGGCAUCUCAUCCCUUAAGUCUUUCAUUCACACCCAAUUUAACAUGAAAUAUUGAGGGGAGCUUAAGUAUUUCUUGGGUAUCGAAGUUACUCGGAGUAAACAAGGUAUUUUUCUGUCUCAAAGAAAGUAUGUACUUGAUUUGUUAACUGAGACAGGAAAAUUGGGAGCAAAACCUUGUAAUGCUCCGAUGAAUCCAGUUGUGCAUCUUACACGUGAUGGGAAACCAUUUGAAGAUCCUGAGAAAUAUCGCAGGUUAGUUGGAAAGUUGAAUUAUCUAACUGUGACUCGUCCAGAUAUUGCAUUCCCGGUUAGUGUCAUAAGUCAGUUUAUGUCUUCUCCAACAAUUCAUCAUUGGGCAGCAUUAGAGCAAAUUUUAUGUUACUUGAAAGGAGCACCAGGACGAGGUAUAAUUUACAAAGAUCAUGGACAUACCCAGAUUGAGUGUUUUUCUGAUGCAGAUUGGGCAGGCUCCAAAGUAGAUAAACGAUCUACUUCAGGAUAUUGUGUAUUUGUUGGGGGCAAUCUGGUCUCUUGGAAGAGUAAGAAACAAAAUGUUGUAUCUAGAUCCAGUGCUGAAUCAGAAUAUAGAGCUAUGGCCCAGUCUGUGUGUGAGGUAAUAUGGAUUUAUCAGCUUUUGACUGAAUUCGGGUUUAAGACUUCUAUUCCAGCAAAAUUAUGGUGUGAUAAUCAAGCUGCUCUUCAUAUUGCCUCAAAUCCCGUAUUCCACGAGCGAACUAAGCACAUUGAGAUUGAUUGUCAUUUUGUUCGUGAGAAAAUUCAACAAGGUCUGAUCUCCACAGGAUAUGUGAAGACCGGAGAACAACUAGGAGAUAUUUUUACAAAGGCUUUGAAUGGGGUGCGGGUUCAUUAUUUUUGUAACAAGCUGGGCAUGAUUAACAUCUAUGCUCCAGCUUGAGGCGUAGUGUUAGAUAUUAGCUGUAUAUUAGCUGUAAAAGAAUUAGAUAUUUAGUAGAUAUUUAGUAGAUAUUUAGUCUCCUAGCUUUGUAUAUAAAUAUGUACUAUUCUAUGAAAUAUACACAUAAUUCGAAUCAAUAUUUUCUACACUUGCCUUGUUCCGAAUGAUAUUGCCAAACUCAUCACUCUUAUUUUUGAAGAUCCACUUAGUUCCAAUGAUGUUCACAAACGGUGGUCUUGGAAUCAUUUUUCAGACUUUGUUUCGAACAAACUGAUGUAGCUCAUCCUGCAUAGCAAGAAACCAAUCUUCAUCCAUUAGUGCUUCUUUUACAGAUUUUGGUUCUAAAGAAGAAAUAAAACAUAAGAAUUGAAUUAUAUUAGCAUAUUUUCUUCUUGUAACCAUGCUCUCAUCCAAGUUUCCAAGGAUGAGAUCUGAAGGAUGAUUCUUUUUAACCCUGGAGGAUGGUUCCCUCUGUACGGGAUCAGUGAUUGAAUUUGAUGAAUGCUCGGAUUCUUUUGUUGUUGAGAUUUCUGUAGCAACAGAUUCCUGCACUGUAACCUCGACUACUGCUUCUGUAGCUUCGUCAGGUUCCUUUUCCUCGGCAGCAGGCUUUUCAAGCAGGUCUUCAAUCUAUUCUUCUGUAGAAAACUCAGACAAAUCUUUUAGAUCAUCAACAACAACAUUAGCAGAUUCCAUAAUAGUUUGGGUUCUCAUGUUAUACACACGAUAUGCCCUACUAUUUGUGGAAUAUCCUAAGAAAACACCUUCAUCACUUUUAGCAUCAAAUUUACCAAUAUAAUCACGAUCUCAUAAAAUAUAACAAGCACAUCCAAACACAUGAAAGUGACUUACAUUUGGUUUCUUACCUUUCCAGAUUUCAUAUGGUGUUUUGUGAGUACCUGGACGUAAGAAUACUCUGUUGAUGGUAUAGCAAGUAGUGUUAAUAGCUUCGGCCCAAAGACUCCUUGUAAGCUUCUUGCCAUUCAACAUUACUCUAGCCAUUUCUGUUAGAGUACGAUUCUUUCUUUCAACCACUCCAUUUUGUUCAGGAGUUUUAGGAGCAGAAAAUUCAUGAGAAAUACCGUUAACUUUACAAAAUUCAUCAUAUAUAGUAUUUUCAAAUUCCUUUCCAUGAUCACUCCUAAUCCUUACAAUUUUUCCAAUGUUACAAUCUUUUUCAACUCUUAAUUUCAAACACAAGGAUUGGAAAGCUUCAAAAGUAUCAAAUUUUUCUCUCAAAAAAUCCACCCAUGAAAAUCGAGAAAAAUCAUCAACACAAACAAAAAUAUACCUUUUACCAGUCCAGCUUUCUACUUGGAUUGGACCCAUCAAAUCCAUGUGCAGGAGUUCGAGAACUCUAGAAGUAUUGACAUCAGGGACACUCUUGUGAGAAAUUUUCAGUUGCUUACCUAGCUGACAUGGUCCACAUUUUCCCAAAGACUCCUUACCUAAUUUAGCUAAUCCUCGAACAAUCCCUGCAAUAGACAAUUUCUUCAGAUUUUUAAAAUGAAUAUGACCAAGUUUUUCAUACCAUAGAUCAGUAACAUUUUCAAUGACAGAAUGACAAGUAGCAUACGUAGUGAGAGUAUAACAAUUAUCACUAGAUCUCAGCCCUUGUAAGAGAAUUUCAUCAAGAAUAUUAUAUACAUAGCAAUGAUUGAUAUCAAAGCUCACAGUAUAACCCUGAUCACAAAUCUGACUAAUGCUAGGUAGAUUAGCUUUUAGUCCUUCAACCAACAUGACAUUCUUUAGUUUAGGAAGCCCUUCGAACUUGAGAGUUCCCAUUCCUAUGAAUUUUUCAGUAAGACCGUUACCAAAUGUAAGUUCUCCAUAGCGCAUUGGUCUAAUGUUCACAAGAUAUUCUUUUUCACCUGUCAUGUGUCUAGAGCAACCACUAUCAAAGUACCACAUGUUAGAAGCAACAAUUUUAAAACAAGUAGAACCUACCAAGCAUUUGUUUUUGACAACCCAUUUUUGUUUUUGUAAAACAUGUUUAUUUCCAAGAUAAUUAGAUUUUAAACAUGUUUUGCAUGGUUAUGCACUUAGGUCGAAUGUGACCUUUUAUUCUACAAAAAUGGCAAAUAGGGAUGAAACGUCUUCCAAUCCCUUUGAAAUUGUCAAACUUACCGUGCUGCGUCUUUUCUGUAACAGCAGAGUGCUUUGCUGUAGAGACAGAAACCUGCAAGGUAGAAACAGUUCUUCCAGAAACAAAACUAUUAGAUUUAACAAAAGUGGUAUUAGAAUUAGGUUGAGUAGAAGCAUAACCCAGACCAGCAUGAUUAGUUUGGCCAGAUUUUUGAAUUUUUUCAAAAAUAGUGGAACUUGGAUUUAGCAUUUUAACAUUCUUUUUAAUGUUAUCAAGUUCCUUGGUUAAAGAAAUAAUUUUAGACUCUUUCAAAGACAGUUCAGGUUCACAACAUUUGAGUUUAUCUUCCAACUCAUUAAUGUUGUUACACAAGACUUUAUUAUCUUUAACCAGGGAGCGAUUUUCAGCACAUGUUUUCAACCACUUACCAAACAUUACCUUGUAAGAUUCAGCCAUAGAAUUCUCAUCAAUUUCUGACUCAUCUGAUUCAGAUCUAGAUUCUUCCUUGUUGUCAUCGAUCAGGAUAUUAUUCAUGCAAAUGGUCAUUUCUUUUUCCUCCAAAUUUCUUGACAAAACACUUGUUAGGACAACCUUUUCUUUUUCAUCCUCACUACUCUCGGAAUCAUCACUCCAAGUAACAUUUAACCCCUUUUUAUUUUUCUUUAAGGUAUUCGCACAUUCGGAUUGAGUGUGACCAAAUCCUUCACAUUCUCUGCAUUUAAUACCUUUUUUACUGUUAGAUGAAAAAGGUUUAGAGGGAAUAUUACCAGAAAUGUUACCUUUUGAGCUCUUUGAAAAGUUCUUUUUAUUUCCAACAGAUUUCAUGUAUUUUUGAAAUUUUUUGCCAACAGAGCCAUUUCAUCAUCAUUUUCAUCAUCAGAAAUAAUAUUUUCAGAAGCAUUAAAGGCAAUACCUUUACUUUUCUUAUUCGAGAGACUUUGCUUACUCUUUUUCUUGAUCUGUUGAUUCAACUCAAAAGUUCUUAAAGAUCCCAUGAGUUCCUCAACCUUCAUUUUGCCAAAAUCUUUUGCCUCUUCCAUUGCAAGUAAUUUUGUGUCAAACCUAUCAGGAAGCACUCGAACAAUUUUCCGAACCAAGACAGAUUCUUCUAAUUUUUCUCCCAAGGUAAAAAACUCAUUAGAAAUAUCAGAUAAUCUUUCAUAAAAAUCAUUUAAAGUUUCAGUUUCUGACAUUCUCAAUUCAUCAAAUCAGUGGUACCUUCAAAUUGAAUUUGAAGGAUUUCCCAUGCCUCCUUUGCAGAUUCACUAGAUAAAAUUAAUUUAAUAAAGCCUUCACCAACACCAUUAAAAGUAGCAUGUAAAGCCUUAUUAUUAUAACCAGACAAUUUUUCAUCUUCAAUAGUCCAAUUGAGUUCGAUUUUACCUUAGUAUUACCUUUAUCAUCACUUUCAGUAGGUUGAGACUAGCCUGUAAGUAUAGCUCUCUAUGCCUUCUCAUCUUGCGAUUUCAUGAAUUCUCUCAUCCUGACCUUCCAAUAAGGAUAAUUCGACUCAUUCAACAGAGGUGGUCGAGUGAUAAAGCUUCAUUCUGCAAACAAAGACAUCUCACACAAAACAAGUCAAACGGAAUAACCUCAAGAUCUCACUAAGAAUUUAGUGACUUUCUUUGACACCAAAUGUAAUUCUGUAUUUUAAUAUUCCCAGUUUAAUUAUUUAAUUGAGUGAUUAAUUAAAUGCGAAAUAAUGAAACUGGUACUGAAAACAAUUUUUCCGUAGUUACAGAAUACAACUCUGUAACUCCAGAGAAACCCAGAAAAACAAACAGUGCAUAAAAGUAAAAACACACAAGAUUUUUGUACGUGGUUUCAACAAUCCUUUCAGAUUGUUACUAGUCCACGGGGCCACGCCCAGAGAUAAGGUUCAUUAGAUCGGUAUCAAAAAUACAAAGUAAUUGACUUAUGCAUAAAUAGACUCCCUCUUAUUGUAUGCCGCAAGCUUGAUGUAUUCCACCUACUAACCGAAUCUUGAUAAAACUCCAAGAGCUCGAACUCCCUUUGAUCACCUUGAAGAGUGCUUGAAUCCUCCCAAUUCAAGGCUUAAAGGCUAUCUCCCGAAAGCCUAUACAACCAUCUCCCGAAGGUUGUGUGCUUGUAUCAUCCCGAGGCAAGACUUCAAAAAUAAUCUCCCGAAAGCUUGUAAAUACCUUCUCCCGAAGGUGCACUGAUGUUCUUCUUCGUUGUAGACUUGAAUACAGACUCAAGACAAUACAAACUACAAAUAAACAGAGUAAGAGUCGAACAACUCUUCUCUACAUAACAAAGACACUCUUUCUUAAGAUAUGAAAGUGAAAAUGAAAGAGAUACAAAACCUAGCUGCUAUAAAAUGUAUUUAUAAUGAGUAUACAUCUUAUUGACAGCUUACAUUCGGUCUGAACAAGACCUCAGCCCACUAGAAACUUCCCUAAAAUAAUUCUUCAAUCAGUCAUGGAAUUUUCGUUUCUGUACCUAUAGAAUCGUGGGCAGUAAGUACAACUUUCCUUUUAUAGAAAAGGAAAGUUUAGCUCCGGUUCUCUUCAAGAAAUCUGAUCUGAGAAAAUGAGAAACUCAACAAAGGAUCAGAUUAUACAGCUGGUUAGAUAAAAAACGAAAUGGGUAACCAAACUUACCAUUUUUACCUUUUUUCUAAAAAUAGAUAAACUAGACAACUUUCCUUCCAAGUUUGAAUACACAAAAUAGGAAACCAUAUUAAAGCAUACCAACCGAAAAUAUACAAUGAAUAAUAAAAUAUUUUUGUCAAUUAAAUAUGCCAAAAAUAGAAUUAACAAUCAUCAUAAUUAAUUUGAAU